AUGCCAGUUGUACAGUUAGUUGACUUCGACUUUAUGAUAAAGUCAGGAAUUGACAUAUUUGCUGAUAUUCCUCAACAGGAAUGGCUCGACUAUAUCGACAACCUAAUGAACCCUUUGGAUUCUCCGACCAUUGCUGACCUACUCAAUGUUAUCAACACUCGCACAACACUUGAAGUAUUAUAUGUGCUUAUGUAUAUGAAAUGUGAUUGGCAGAUAUUUAACUUGCCACAGGUCAAGGUAGAAUUUGAAAGAAGAAUGAAGUUAGUAACUGACGCACACUCUACCGAUCAAUUCGAUAAGGUUCUUGUGGAAAAAUUCCAAAGAAUAAUUUUACUAAGGGAGCUUUACUUUAUGUUGUUGAAGAAAAUGUGUGAGCACAUGAAUUAUACCAUUUCAACUUUCACAUUCAGAGAGUUUUACGAGCACAUGUCAUUAGUGAACACUAACUUGAUCAUAGAAGUGGAGCAAAGUUCAGUAACGAAGCUAAUGAACUGCUUCUCUGGAGUAGCACGGCUGAAUAUGUUCACUUUGCUCAAUGGCUGUGGCAUCAAGUGUCUCCCUGAUCAUAGUUUCAACAAUUUACCGUACGAAAAGAUUCAAACAAAUUGGUGGAAGGAAUAUCACGUAUUUAUUGAAAAUGGCAGCAACCCACCCAAACUAAGAGAUAUAGGUCCUGUGAUCAAUAUUGUUAUGACAACUGCUAGCCGGAACAACGAAGGGAAAACUUUUAAAUGGAACGACAGAGAAUCGGUAUUCAUCACAGGCAGGGUUGCUUCCAUGUACUCGAGGUUACAGAUGCCAUCAAACGGUUAUUCUGUAUCGACUGUUUUCAUUGGAUCAUUCUUGGUACUUGUUCUUGGCUUCAUUUUUGUUUUUGGAGCAGCAGUGGACUUAUUUUUAGGUCUACCACAGUAUCUUUCCAAGUCGAGUUUGUCAACUGACUCAGAAGUGAAUAAUUGGUUGGACUUAGAUGAAUACGAACUGGCAUAUUUGACAAGAGACGUUUAUGAUAGUCCAUGGAAGUACGAUAUGAGUGACAAGAAUAAUCGAGCCGCCUAUGCCAGGCAACAUGCGGAUAGGCUUAAGUACUAUAAUGCGGCUUUACAGAGAAAUCAGCAGAUAUGCUGA